AGAUUUUUUCGCUCCUCUUCACUGCCCGAAAGCACGAGCUGCGAUUUCCCGCUCUCUCUCUCUCUCUCUCUCUCUCUCUCUCUAUACGCGUCAUCUCUUUGAAUCACCCGGAAUCUCUCAAUUCCUAUUUCCGGAAACGAUCUGAUUUCCCCGAAUUUCCGCAAAAUAUUCGCUUAAAGUAUGGACAUGGGUGAGAUUUUCUGCAAUUUUCUGUUGCAGAAGCCUCAAUCUCGUGUUUUAAUGGCGACUCAUUUCAAGAAUCCUUCGCCUCGAUACAUUCCCGUAUUGGGUUUUCCUUCUUCUAGCUCUGCAAAGACUCGUGGAGUAUGCUACUGUGCUGUAGACGCAAAGAUGGCGGGCGGAGAGCUGUUCUCGGUCACGUCGUCGAGCAAAUCGGACGUUGAUUAUCUCGGAGAGAGCACGAAAGGGGAUUUGAAUGUGAAGCAGGAGCAUCUGGAUGCGUUCGGUCUUGAUGGCCAGGCAACCUUAGAGGGUCCAAUUGAAGAGAUAGCCAGGAUAGAGGCUAAAGAAGCAGAGACAUUGCUUAGUGAGUUGGGAAUCCUGGCUCCUUCCUCAUCAAGGCAUUCACCCCGUGGCAUAUUUUGUACCAGGACACUAAAUCUUCGGUCAACAAGUUGUAUCGGUUAUGACAUGGAUUAUACCUUGAUUCAGUACAGUGUAAUGGCUUGGGAAGGACGGGCAUAUGAUUAUGGCAUGGCCAACCUAAGGGGCAUGGGUUUUCCAGUCGAUGGACUUGAAUUCGACCCCAAUUUGGUUAUUAGAGGCCUAGUCAUGGACAAGGCAAAAGGCAACUUGGUUAAGGCCGAUCGGUUUGGUUAUGUGAAGAGAGCUAUGCAUGGCACAAAAAUGCUAUCUACUCGAUCUGUAAGUGAGAUGUAUGGAAGAGAACUGGUUGAUUUGCGAAAGGAAAGUCGAUGGGAGUUCCUUAAUACAUUUUUCUCUGUUUCAGAAGCAGUGAUGUUCAUGCAGAUGGUGGAUAGAUUGGAUGAAGGGCUUGUACCAGCAGAACUCGGACCACUCGAUUACAGUGGCCUUUACAAGGCUGUUGCGAAGGCCCUCUUUAGAGCUCAUGUGGAAGGCCAGCUUAAGAGUGAGAUAAUGGCUGAGCCAGAACGGUUUGUAGUGCCUGAUCCUGAGCUUCCUUUGGCUCUUUUAGAUCAAAAGGAGGCCGGUAAGAAAUUGCUGCUAAUUACCAACUCAGACUACCACUAUACAAAUAAAAUGAUGCAACAUGCCUUCAAUAGGUUUCUCCCUAAUGAUAUGAACUGGCGAGAUCUUUUCGACAUGGUUAUAGUUUCUGCUAGGAAGCCAGAGUUUUUCCAAAUGUCACACCCUAUGUACGAGGUUGUCACAAGUGAAGGGUUAAUGCGUCCCUGCUUCAAGGCACGUUCAGGGGGAUUGUACUCUGGUGGGAGUGCUCAAAUGGUUGAGAAAUCAUUAGACAUUCAUGGAGAUGAAAUAUUGUAUGUGGGUGACCAUAUUUACACAGAUGUAAGCCAAUCCAAAGUCCAUUUGCGAUGGAGGACAGCACUGAUUUGUCGGGAAUUGGAAGAAGAGUUUAAUGCGCUGAUCCAUAGUCGAGGUCAUAGAGCAGCACUCAUAGAACUUAUGCGUCAAAAGGAAUCUGUAGGGGAACUUUUCAACCAACUGCGUCUUGCGCUACAAAGACGAAGUAACGGACGCCCUGCUCAGACUCUUGCGGCAACUAAUAUGGAUGACCAAGAACUGACAGAGAGCAUGCAAAAACUACUUAUUGUUAUGCAAAGACUCGACCAGAAAAUUGCACCUAUGUUAGAAGCAGAUGGGGAGAACUUUAAUAAAAGGUGGGGUUUUCUCUCCCGUGCAGGCCUAUGGGAUAAAAGCCACUUCACAAGACAAGUUGAAAAGUAUGCUGAUAUAUAUACCUCAAGGGUUUCAAAUUUUCUACAUUACACACCAUUCAUGUAUUUCCGUUCACAGGAACAGACAUUGGCACAUGAUUCAUACUCAUACAACCCUCCAGAUAUCAACGGUGUUGCAGUCGACGAUCUGCACGAUCUUCCACCCUUGUAAGUUACUUAGAAUAACUGAGGAUGAUGAAGGGGGUGGCCAUACAAAAACUAUCAUAUUGUCUUUAUGAAGGUUCCCAUCUCAUCCUUUCUCACACACUGCAAUUGAAAGGCAUGGCGACUAAUAUAAGAAUGUAACAGUGUGUAUAAUCCAUAAGUUAUUAUAUGUAACUUGUCCUUGUAUCUGAUAUAAAGGGUAUUCAAGAAUAGCUUUUU